AUGAACCCAAAUCCGCUAUCCGACCGCGAGAAGGCGCUGGAGAACAAGUAUAUAAAGGAGAAGGAAAAAGAAAUGGCAAAGAAAAGAGCGGAGAAGAAGCAGCAAUCCGCAAAGGACGCAGACCAUGGCAGCAUGGGCCAGCAGCAACAACGCGAAGAGCCAAAGUAA